AAAAAAAAAUAUUCUCCCAUUCCCAGAAAUUGUGGCAGUUAUUCCUAAUCUAACUGGGGUGGGAGAAGGCAGCAUAAACCCUAGUCCAUUCUCUAGAAAAAGAAAUGCAGAGUGUUUCAGCUGCUACACUAGACACCAGCAAGAAAAAACCGGCUGGCCGUUUCACAGCUCCUUUUGAUCCUCGCUUUCCAUUCACCAACCAGACCCGUAACUGCUACCAGAAUUACGUGGAUUAUUACCGCUGUCUGAAGAUCAUGAAAGCCAAAGGCAAGGAUGUGCAGAAGUGUGAAUGGUACCAUCAGGUUUUCACAUCCUUGUGUCCCAGCUCCUGGGUAAAUCAGUGGGAUGAACAGCGUAAACUGGGAACUUUUCCUGGCAAGAUAUGAAGAUCUAUCUCCCGUUGCCUUUAUGAAGUUCACCUGGGAAGUACAACAGCAAGCCAACUUUCACCCUGUUCCAAUUCAACUAUUAGUCAACCUCAGCAGAUUUGUGAAUCUUCGCCCCACUGAAACAGAACAAAAUGCAAAUAGAAGUUACUGUUAGAAAAUCAAAGAGAAGAAUCAUUCCCAAUAAAUAUGUUUCUAACAACAGAAAUGUUUAGGUAUUUUUAAAUGCUCUUCUCCCCAGAUUCUUUUAUGUGAAACUUUGAUUUCCCCCCAGAAUCUUCAAAUUUAUUUAUGUUUUAGUUUAGACCUUGUUCCAUUUGUUCAUGCUACCUCUGAAGAAGUCUUUUCUUCUCCAACCUCUUUAAAUUAAGAACAUAUGUAAGUUGUCUGUGGAAUCCUCUAU